AUGAUUCCAAUCAAUAAUCAACAAACCGCCGAUAACUCGAACAACCCACAAUCAAAACUAACAAACGUCAAGAAUCAGAAGAAACGAGAUGGAAGUGGAAUUCUUAAAAGAAAUAAGGUUGAGAAUGAAGAUCAAGAUGAGUUAAUCCCAACAGUCAAGAAGAUCAAAAAAGAAGAUUUUGGAGUAGAAAACUCGACAUCAGUAGGGAUGAGUGGAGGCAGGAAAUGGAUGUUAAGAACAGAUCUCCAAUCACGCGGCAUCCCAAAAUCUUCCGUAUUGUCUCCAAACUAUUCCUCCUCGACAUUAUUUUCUCCAUUACCAACUAUAGAUUCUCAUUCAUCAACAGAUUCUGUUGAGAUGGCACUGGAAUAUCUCAGCACACCGAUCAGCGAUGAAGACGAUAUGAAUGCCGAAGGAAUUGUAAGAGAGAUAAGAGAUUGUAAGAGAGAUAAGAGAGGAAAAUCUUCCAACGCUGUAACAUAA